AUGAACCGUGUUGCUAUUGUUGGGCGGCUCGAUUGGCUCUGCAGUGCUCCAGGCUUUGAUAUCUUCGGGGAAGGACGUGACUGUCUUCUCGCGCUCAUCUUCGUCAGCUGUUUCCCCGAAUCUGCUCGAGUUCUUCGAGGAGUCUAUGAGGAUCAAAUCUUCCUUCGGGAUGGAUUGAUGGGGAUAGAAGCCCUCGUGUUAUGUGUCAGGACCCUCAUUCCGUCUACUCAGAUUCCAUUCAUCGAUGCUGCUAUAUCAGCUGGUGUAAAAUGGAUUAUUCCGAGCGAAUUUGGGACAGACAGCGGUAACUCUGAAUACGCCGCCGAAGUCCCCAUCAUUCCGCCCAAGGUAGAUGUUCAAGAAUAUUUAAAUGAGCAAGUCGCCAAGACACAGUCGCAAUUCAUGUGGACAGGCGUUAUUAACGGCCUAGUCCUUGACUGGUCACUUCCUCGCGGAGUACUUGGCAUUGACACCAGUGGGAAAAAGGUUGUUCUCCUAGACCAGGGAGCCGCGAAGGUCAAUAUGACAACAUUGCCGACUAUAGGACGUGCCGUUGUCAGUCUUCUUGAACUGUCAUUUGAGCAAAGACUCAUGUUUGCCAACAAGUUGGUGUACAUCUCCUCCUUCUGUAUCUCUCAAGUUGAUCUACUAGAGAGUGUACAACGGGUCACAUCGUCCCCGCAAUCUGCUUGGGAGGUUCAGUACCAGGAUACGGAGGAGAAACUUGCUACUGGCAAGGAAAAACUCAAACAAGGGGACGCGUUCGGUCACGCUGAUUUGAUAUACGGUCAUGUGUUCAAAGAGGGGGCAGGUGGCGACUAUCAGUCUAGGGUUGGCGUAAGUAACGAAGUUCUUUCACUUCCAAAAGAAGAUUUAGAUGAAGAGGUGAAGAGGGUUUUGGACGCUGAAAGAUCGCUUCUUGUUUCUUAA